ACCAAAUCAAGCGGUUGAAUUUAGCUUUGGGGCGGCGGCGGCAGCAGCAGCAGCAGGCUGAGCACUUCUGUACCAUCACUGUUGCCAGUGGUGCCCAUGGAUCCGAGCCCCAAAGGAGCCUGAGUCCUGCCGAGUGAAUCCAUGUUCCAUGUGUGCUGGCAAAGGCAAGAGAGCCCUGGAUGGAAUGAGUUCCCAGCAUGACUUCGCCAACCAUCCGCACCAUGUCUGGGGCUACCCUCCUUUUUUUUCUCCUCCACCUGUUGGCAGCUGGCUGGACCCAGACAACAACUAUUGGCAGCCCUUACCUUAGUGUAGGGGAUGGAAGCGUUUCUGAAUUCAGCUUCCCGGAACACAGCCAAGGCGUCUUGUUGGUGUCCUGCCGCUAUCCGGGCCCCGACGCUUGGCUGAGCGUGGAUUCUCUGGAACCAACAGUUGUCGUCAUUGAGAAUGUCACAGCUUCCUGGGGAGGGGGCUUUGCAGUUGGAUUUCAGUCCGUCCUGGCUGGCCUGGCCCCACUGCAACUGCGGCUGGUGGAGCAGAGUCGCCUUGUGGAAGAACGGGUAGAUUUCAGGAUCCAUGUGCACGCUAGCAAUCAAGAACCAGUGGCCCACUCAGGGCUAGGCCAUUUCUCGGAGAAUCCUGUCCUCUAUGCCCUCCUGCCUCUCAUCUUCCUCAACAAAUGUGCAUUUGGCUGCAAGGUCGAAGUGGAAGCCCUCCGAAGCCUUGUCCACCAACCCCAUCCUGUCAUAUUGGGAAUACUGGGCCAGUUUGUGGUCAUGCCCCUUUAUGGCUACCUCAUGUCCGUGGCCUUUUCUUUACCCAAGCCCCUGGCCCUGGGACUAGUCAUUUCUUGCUCCUCACCUGGCGGCGGGGGCGGCUAUCUAUACAGCCUCCUGCUGGGUGGCGAUGUCACAGUGGCCAUCUCUAUGACUCUCCUGUCCACAGUGGCAGCCACAGGGCUCAUGCCGCUCUCCUCAACCUUCUACGGCUGGUUGCUCGGCGCCCACGAGACCCUCCAUGUACCCUUCCUCAAGAUCCUCAUCACUCUCCUCUUCAUUGCUGUGCCCAUCUCGAGCGGCAUGUUAGUUAAGUGCAAACUGCCCCGCGUUUCCCGCCUGCUCCUGCUCCUCAUCAAGCCCUUCAGCUUCACCCUCAUCAUAGGAGGACUCUUCAUGGCCUACCACAUGGGGGCCUUUAUCCUAGCGGAUGUGCACCCUCCAAUAGUGCUGGCGGGUGUCACUGUGCCCAUCUUUGGACUACUAUUGGGCUACCUGCUGGCUUGGUGCUUGAGACUGCCUGGGCCACAGCGCCGGACGGUCAGUAUCGAGGUUGGAGUACAAAACAGCCUGCUGGCCCUAGCUGUGCUACAGCUCUCUUUUGAACGGGCCCAAGCUGACUUUGCCUCACAGGCUCCUUUCAUUGUAGCCCUGAGCAGCACUUCAGAGAUGUUGCUGCUAGUCUUGGGGAACUUGGCCUACAAUAAACUCUGCCCAACUGGCUCUUGAGUGCCCACCUGGGGAAGUGAGGGCAGAUACCAAAGAUGUCGAGCUUUGGACGUGGGCCUGCAAGGAGAGAUGGAUACCAAAGGCCUUAGGAGCUGGGCUUGGAUCACCGUCUUCAGAGGGCUGUGGGAACCAUGGCCCCAGUCUCUCCGCCUCUUAAGGGGUGGGGGGCAGCUCGGAUACAGAAGAUCCGUAUGAAGUGAGACACAUUCCCAAGGCUGCCAUGACUUGGGAAUGUACACUGUCUGGCCUUUUCUUUUUUAAACCUGCUUGUUUUUUAUACACAGCAAGAGGUACAGCUUAGAUCUAGAGCUGUACAGACUGGGAGGUAGAAGAUGGGAGCUGGAAUUGCCCCAUUUCCACUCCUGUUCACUGGGGAUACAGGGUUUGAAUAAAAGGAAAGAGGAGAUAAUA